GGGGCCCCAUGAGAUGCCCCUGGUACCUUUUUCAUAGGCUUUUUUUGAGUUUGGGCAAGGACACAGGGGCCCUAUGAUCCCCUAUUGCCCGGGGGCCCCAUGAGUUGUCAGUCCGCCCCUGCUGGGUGUUCAGUGUGUCCACAAACCUUUAACCACUUGCCGUCCGGCCGCUGUAUACAAACAGCCGGACAGUCGCAGUCCAGGGGCGGGUUGCCGUUCAUAAACUGCGCCCGCCAUUUUGGACUGUGCGCACUCCUUGGGAGUGCACAGCACCGCGAUCUGCAGGGGCGGACUGACCAU